AUGUCGCGGUCUUCGGCGAGUGAUCUGGGGAAGGAGGCCGAGACUCGGAAUAUCAAUCAACACAGCAACAUCGACCAUGAUCUUACUACUGGCCAAAAGGAAUUGAUUGAAGCCGCCGAACCACCUUUCACUGAAGGUGAGUCCGACGAGAAAGAUGAGCAAGAAUCGAACGACCUGGAACGAGUUGCAACAAAAGCUUCAUCGAAACCCAGCGUGAACAAUAUCAAAAGCGUACCGAAUGGCGGGCUUUGGGCUUGGUUGCAAGUUGUGUCGAGCUUCUUCUUGUUCAUGAACACCUGGGGCAUCGUAAACACAUUCGGCACGUACCAAACCUACUAUGAAACCGGCCUCCUCUCUACAUCCUCACCCAGCGCCAUCUCCUGGAUCGGCAGCAUCCAGGCCACACUUCUUCUCUUCGUAGGAAGUCUAACAGGCCCCAUAUAUGACUCCGGCUACGCCCGAUCACUUGUCUUCACUGGGACAUUUCUCGUUGUGUUCGGUCAGAUGAUGCUUUCCCUGAGCACAACCUAUUACCAAGUUAUUCUUUCACAAGCGAUCUGUAUCGGCAUCGGGACCGGAUGUCUUUUCAUACCAUGUGUGGCGGUGUUAUCGACAUACUUCAGCACGCGAAUAGCGACGGCGGUGGGACUUGCGGCAGCGGGCUCGAGUAUUGGCGGCGUAGUGUAUCCCAUUGUGUUUUAUCGAUUACAGCCCGCAAUUGGAUUCGCUUGGACGACGAGGGUGCUGGGAUUUCUGGAGUUGACGACUUUGGGAGUGAGCUGUGCCGUGCUGAGGAUAAGAGUCUUGCCUGCUGGACGGCGCAAGUUUUUGGACCUGGCGGCGUGGAAAGAGGUGCCGUUUACAUUUUUCGUCUUAGGCACGUUUAUCGGAUUCCUUGGAUUAUACACGCCAUUCUUCUACAUUCAGUCUUAUGCCCUCGCAUUAGGGACAUCUCCAGACCUGGCGUUCUACCUCCUUGCAAUCUUGAAUGCAGCGUCGACCUUCGGACGAGUCCUGCCCAAUCUUUUGGCCGAUCGCAUCGGACCGUUCAAUGUAAUCAUCCCCUGCACAUUGAUGACUGGCAUCCUUUGCCUGUGUCUCGUUGCAACGAAUUCCUUUGGUUCUGUGGCCGCCAUUUCUGCGUUAUAUGGAUUCUUCUCGGGAACCUUUGUGUCUCUUCCCGCAACGAUUUACGUUCAUAUCACAGCCAAUCGAGGUCUGAUAGGGACGAGAAUGGGCAUGGGAUUCUCUGUGACCAGUAUAGGUAUUUUGGUCGGGACGCCAAUUUCUGGAGCGAUCUUGAGUGCGAGUGGGUAUAACGAGAUCUGGAUAUAUGGUGGCGUCAUGACGAUCGUGGCAGCCGCUCUGAUCUGCGUGUGUAGAGUCAGUAAAGGUGGCUGGGGCUGGAAAACAGUGGUCUGA